GCAGAGCACGUUAGGAGAAGGAGGGAGAGGUGGGAAGGUAGAGGCUGGCAGACCGAGAGAUGCGGCUCCACAGAGAGAGGAUCCGCGAGGCUGCACCCUCCUCGUCCGUUCGUCGGGGACCGCGAGGUGCUGCGGAGCAGGGAUGAACAGAUCCACAUCAGGAGGGUUUCACCUUGAGCCGGAGUCAAAGAGUACCUCGCUGGACCUUUAGGACUACAACUAACUCUGAUCUGAUCACCUGCCAAAAUAAAAGGAGCUUCAGCUUCAGCAGGUCCUGGACUGCGGCCAACUUUACUCCAGCAGGUCUGUGUGGACAGACGAAUCCCCAGUCGGGAGGACAGACCUCGGGACUCUCACAGCUGUUUCCUAAACGUGGAUCUGUGACAUCCACCGGUCACGCUGGAGUCCCGCAAAGCCAAGCAGGUCCUGCAGCUCGGGAGCCCCGGGGCUGGCCUGACCUUGGACCAGCUGUCACCCCAGCCCCACCUGGCGCCGGCAGAGGCGUCCGGCAUGCCUCCGACCAGGGGACGGUGCCACAACAAGAAGGCUGGCAUCCGGGCCGCCGUGAUCCUGAUCGGACUCCUGCACAAGUCUCGCAAAGCCAAGGAGAAGGAAAGAGAGAGGGAGGAGAGUGAAGGGAAACAGGAGCUGCUGAACAUCUCCAACGUCCCACUGGGAGAAUGUCCCCCCUCACCACCCCGCACUGCACCACCCAGCAUGAAGUCUGCAGAAUUCUUCGAUAUGCUGGAAAAGAUGCAGGUCCCUAAAGCUGAAGACACCAAAAAAUGGAAGGAUGAUUAUAUCCCCUACCCACGGAUAGAAGAUGUCCUGGAGAAAGGUGGUCCGUAUCCCCAGGUAAUACUGCCCCAGUUUGGAGGUUACUGGAUCGAAGAUGCAGAGGCACCAGCAGGAACCCCUUCCUCCUCAGAGUCCAGUUUCUGUGAAGAGGAGGAAGGUGAUGAGGGCAUGAGUCCCGGUGGGGCACACAGCUACCGCCUGGAGUGUAACAGCACAGCUCGAGCCUACCGCAAACACUUCCUAGGAAAGGAGCACCUGAACUACUACUGCACGGGCAGCAGCAUCGGCAACCUCAUCAUGUCUCUGAAACACGAGGAGGCUGAAGGCCAGGAGUUCCUGCGCAUCAUGCUCAGAUCAAGAGCCAAAACAGUUCAUGACAGAAUCUCUUUAACUGGCCUCAGUCAGUUGCCCAGUGUGCCUCAGAUUGCAAAGCUUCUGUGUGAUGACGCCACGGGGCUGAAGUUCAACCCAGUCCUGUACCCUCGGGGUUCCCAGCUGAUAGUGGCUUAUGAUGAACAUGAGGUGAACAACACGUUCAAAUUUGGAGUCGUCUAUCAAAAGUUUGGACAGACAUCUGAGGAAGAGUUAUUCGGGAACGACGAGGAGACGCCUGCUUUUAAGGAGUUUCUCAGCGUCUUGGGGGAUACUAUCGAACUUCACGAUUUUAAAGGGUUCCGCGGUGGACUGGACGUGUCUCAUGGACAGACAGGSUCUGAAUCAGUCUACACUGUCUUCAGACACAGAGAGAUUAUGUUUCACGUGUCAACGAAGCUCCCCUUCACUGAGGGCGACGUUCAGCAGCUCCAAAGGAAAAGACACAUAGGGAACGACAUUGUGGCGGCGGUCUUCCAGGAAGAGCCCACACCGUUUGUUCCAGACAUGAUCGCCUCCAACUUCCUGCACUCUUACGUCCUGGUGCAGGCUGAGAACCCCUGUACUGAUUACACAACAUACAAGGUGUCGGUUACAGCGAGGGAAGAUGUCCCUCCUUUCGGGCCCCCUCUUCCAAACCCAGCCGUCUUCAAAAAGGGUCCCGAGUUUCGAGAAUUCCUGCUGACUAAGCUGAUCAACGCUGAAAACGCCUGCUACAAAUCUGACAAAUUUGCCAAACUGGAGGGACGCACACGAGCCGCACUGCUGGACAACCUCCACGACGAACUGCACCGGCAGAGCCAGGCCGUGCUGGGCCUYGGGUCGUUGGGGGACGAGGACAAGCUGGAGAACGGGGGACACGGGGGACUGCUGGAAUCGUUCAAGAGAGCCAUGCGGGUCAGGAGCCAUUCUAUGGAGACCAUGGUGGGGUCCCACCGUCACCGGAGCCCUGGGGUGGGAGGUGGGGUCCCAGCCAGCCUCAGUGGUGGAGGACUGCCUCAGAGCACGAGUGAAUGCACCAAAAGCACCUUCACUCCUCCUGCUCUCUCAGCCAAGUCUCCUCUGAAGAGUCCAGUGAAGCGGCGCUCCGGCCUCUUCCCUCGUCUCCACUCCAGCACAGAAACCCCAUCAGACAAACACACACGCAGCGGCGACCAAAAGAUAGGAGAAACUUGUUUCCACUCCCAGGAAGUGAGGUCCGAGACGUCGUCCAAUCCCAGCUCACCUGAGAUCUGCCCCAACAAGGAGAGGCCCUUUGUGAAGACGAAGGAGUGCAGCAGCAGCAGCUGCAGGCCGAACAUCUCUCGRUCUUCAUCCAGCACCAGCAGCUUCAGCAGCACCACAGGAGAGACUGAAGCUCUGGAUGAACUGGAGACACUCAGCCAUCCUUUCCUUGCUUCCUCUGCAUUCAGCCCGUCUCUCAGCGUCGACAGCCAGGGGUCCGGUACGCCCGUCAUCAUGUGCCGCAGUCCAACAGAUGGGAAAAGUAAAACGUCACCGAGGUCAAACUUGAAGUUCCGCUUUGACAAAAUGAGCCACUCGUCCACAACGUCUGAGUAACUUUGUGAACUGAAAGCAAAAAAAAGAAGCAGACUUCCACCAUGAAGACAUACGUGAAGGAGCUGAAAAGGCAUCAAAACAAACAUCACAGUCCGCGUAAAACCCCUUAUGAUAGCUAAACACAGAGGAUAAUCUGACACCACACACCUCACAGAUAGUACUGUGAGUGUAAUGCGGGGAGAAUCAGCUAAAGUGUCGACAGUCUUUAGCUGGUAGUGCUGCGUUCUAAUUGGUGUUCUUAUCUCAGCAUGGCUGUCAUACUGUGAGUGCAGGCUGAGCUCUGCUUCCUCCUCAUCCUUGUUUCAUGUAGUUCAAGACUGAACUGUUAGUCUGUACCUAUCCACCUGCCGAGAGGGACACAAACUACCCCUAAAUGGUACGUCUGUAAGCAGUUCCUCUUUUGCUUCAAAACAAAGCAAACACACAAAAAAAUGAAGGCGACAGAGAUAGCCACAAACGCACAAGAACCUAAUGUACAGCAGACUUCCAGCUGCAAAGCCUCGAAGGUGGCAGCGCUGGAAGUCUUUUCUUCUUGACCGUGGAAUCUGAACUUGUUCUUUGUGAAUAGCUUUUCUAGGAAAUGGUUCUGAUUUUGGAGACGCUUUUGUAACCUCGUUAGCUGCUGCGUUGUGUCUACAGCACUGCAAAGACGACAUGCCGCCUCCUAGCACAGCCUUCCCCCCACCCCCCGUAUCUGUAAUCUUGAAGCCGCCCAUGUUAGUGAAGAACUGUUUGCGUGGGGCCCAACGUAGGAGCAACACUGCCAGCACAUUUUGUCACAAGCUUAUUUUAGCCAAAGCUGCGCCUUACAAUCUAUCAAAGGCCUCUCUUUCCUCACGCUCAAGUGUUUGGUCUCUCCGAGCGCCUCUGUAAGAGGAUGAGAGGCUCCUGGAGCUGGUUACAGCACGGUUGUGGGUAGCCGAACAACACCCACAGUAGCUGAAAAAAAAAAAACCCAACAGUUGCACUUACUGAGAAACAUUUCACCUCCCUGUACCUCCCAUUGAAGCUUGCUAACUCGGUGUAUCAGCGCAUUUGUUCUGCGGUGCUUCGGAACAGGGGAGUCUUGUGACGUUAUUGAAGAGCUAACAAAGAAGUGAAACUUUCAACCACCUUAGGCAAAAAGAAAAGUUUUUUUAAUGUGAAUUUGUAUUACUUUUGUUGUACCUUGUGUUUUUAUGCCUUGUUGGUUAUUUUUACAAGGCCUAAAUUGUAAAGCUUGUUUCUCCUAACCAAAAAGGUUGACUAAAAUCUUUAGGUGUUGUUCAGAAAUAAACUGUUUAAA